UCCAUUAUUCCAUUUGAUUUGGUCACUAAUUAGGUAAGGCCAUUCUCUGGAGCAAAGUUGAGGACAGAAACUGCUGAAGACAACCAAGUUUUAGGUGAAGUAACAUGUGAAAUUGCAUUUGGGAACGUAAGUUUAUAGUGGCGGAAACUGCGGAUGAGGUCAUAAUUGGAGCCAAGUGAGCCAAGACAUCCGAUCCGUCAAGCUCAUCAAGCCAGACUAUAAAAGAAAUGAUGUCCUUUGGAUUAUGCAAGAGGUGCUAAUAGCCUCCAGGAGCCGACUAGGAAAAGUAGAGCCUUCAAGUAGAGCAAAGAGCAGCAGGAGGCUUUCUAGGCUUUGAAGAAACGGCUAUGUUCUAUACCUGUGCUAGCGUUCCCGGUUCCAGGUGAAACGCUUAUUUUGAAUACGGAUGCUAAUGUUAUGCCAUAGGAGGCGUAUUGCCGCAAGAGAAGGUGGUUUCCUUCUAGAGCUCGUACAUUGGAAAACCAGAUGGGAACUACUGCGUAACUCGGAGGGAACUACCAGCGUUGGGGGAGUGCAUCAAACAUUUUCACAAGUAUCUCUAUGGACAACGUUUCCGUAUUCGAACGGAUCUUGCUGCACUAAAAUGGCUACUACAGUUCAAGAACACAGAAGAACAGCUGUAUUGGUAGAUAGAGAGACUGAAAAGCUAUGACUUUGCUCUUAAGCACCACGAUGGAAACAUCGACGGGAAAUGCUGAUGUCAUGUCCCGUCGAUCAUGGGAAAACGAAGAAGGUCAGUGCUCCCGCAAUCUUAUAGUAGUUCCAAGGGUGUCAAUUCCGGACGUACUCAAGAACUCUACAAUGGACGCGGUAGAGGGCACUUGGGAAUCAUGAAGAAUCUGGAGAAUCCAGCAGCCCUUCUAUGGGGUUGGUUGUCGGCAAUCCCUCGCAGAGUAAAUUGCUAACUGCCUGGAGUGUAUUGAAGCUAAAGGGACGAAGUCCAGAAGUCAUUGACACAUGAGGCAAUAUAACUCAGGCGCACGAUUCGAGCGGAUUGCCUCGGGUGUAGCCGGUCCAUUUCCUAUGAACAUAUUGGGGAAACAAAUACGUCCUUCUGGUUAUGGACUACUUUAGCAAAAGGCCAGAAAUCUACAAGAGUAGCGGAGGUAUUCACCUACAAUUGGUUGGGUCAACCUACUCAAAUUAUAAGUGACAACCCGGUUGAUAAGGCGGGGAUCUCCGAGGGUUUCCAGGAAGGAUAUUUAGUGUUGCUGUACAAUCCAGAACGAAAGAAAAGUUUUUCCCCAAAAUUGCAGUGCAACUAUUAUGGUCCAUAUGAGGUUGUCAAACUGCUGAAUGAUGUGGUGUAUCGAAUCCAGACCGUUGCCCGAGCAUCAAGAUGAAAGUGCUCCACUUGGAGAGACUUGCAGCGCUUAAAACAGCACUUAGAUGAAGGACAGUGUGGCGAAUACUGCAAAACACCAAUGACAGGCUAAAGCGAACAAGAGAAUGACAACAUGUGCGAUAAAAUAUGUAAAAGCUUUAACGUCGAGAAACGUCAAAUUCAAUGAAUUGUAAACAACGAACAAAUAAACAGCUAGUGUCAAAAUCGCCUUACUUUUUUUCUAAGUGCAAUUAUAACGGGCUACUAAGAAGAGUGCGUGAUCUUGUAUUUUUGGUACAUGGCGUUGCUACAGCGCACAGAAAGUUCGGUUGCGAAUCAGCAAGCUACAAGUUCAGUUCUAAAACAGAAUAUAGGUAUAAAAGGCCUUAACAAGUAUUCUAAAGGGUUUGUUGCUCAAUAAAGUUAGUUGAACUGUAAUUUGAUUUGUAAUUUAGUUAGUAACAAUAGGCUUUCAAAAGGAUAUAUCGCACAACAUCUUCAAAAGUGACACCACUCAAAAUAACGGGUUCAUCAGAAAAUGCGAACAACUGUUUCGUAGCACAUGCUAAUCAAAUGGGCAAGAGAGACUUUACUAUAGGUUUUUUUCAAUAAAUUGUAACAAAAAUUUAAUCCAGGUUUUGCUCAAAGAUAAAUAAACGCUCUGCGUACAUCUUUAGCGCAUAAUUUCCAAAAUGCCAAAUUUUGAGUUGUGUCACUUUUGAAGAUCGUGUGCGAUUUGAUCAUUUUGUGCCUAGUACUGUCUGCGUGACCAAAUUGCCCCAUUCGACAAGAAAGAAAAUGCAACGCUGCUCCUAACAGCUGAUUAUGUAUUUACUGUUUGUAAAUUUUCAACCAAGUUUUGUAAAACAGAAAAUAUAAUUAAGUUCUGCGUUUUAUGUUAUUAUUUUAAAAAUAUUUUCAACACUUCAUAAUUGUGUCAGCGCUAUUCCAAAAUUAUAAUGUCCAUUAACUCGGGCUACAAUGAAAAUGAGCGCAAUAAGAUACCUAGGAUCAUGACCUUCCGGCCUAGCUAUGAGGAAUUCAAGAAUUUUUCUUCCUAUGUCGAAUACAUGGAACGACGUGGCGCUAAUUUGGCUGGCUUAGCGAAGGUUAUACCACCGCCGGAAUGGGUGCCACGCAAAUCUGGAUACCACAUAGAUAAUAUUAAUAUGACAAUACCAGCGCCCAUCUGCCAAGUGGUAUCAGGCAAACAGGGUGAAUAUCAGCAAAUAAAUGUUCAAAAGCGUUCUAUGACGCUGCGGCAGUUCAAAGAAAUGGCAGAGUCGGAGCGUUACCAAACUCCACGACAUUUCGACUACGAUGAUUUAGAACGAAAGUAUUGGAAAAAUGUGACAUACAUUGCACCUUUCUAUGCAGCAGACGUAAAGGGUUCCCUGAGUGAUCCCGAUUUGCGUAUUUGGAAUAUCAAUUGCCUUGAUACCAUAUUAAACUAUGUAAAUAAGGAUUAUGGCAUUGAAAUCGACGGCGUAAAUACAGCUUAUUUAUAUUUUGGUAUGUGGAAGAGCUCUUUUGCUUGGCACACAGAAGAUAUGGACUUGUAUUCCAUAAACUACCUCCACUUUGGUGCACCGAAAACUUGGUACGCCAUUCCACCCGCAUACGGUAGACGUUUAGAAACGUUAGCGAACCGCCUUUUUUACGAAAACUAUCAAAACUGCAACGCCUUUUUGCGCCAUAAGAUGACGCUAAUUAGUCCACAAGUAUUGCGUCAACAUAAAAUACCAUUUAAUAAGGUUACCCAGGAAGCAGGCGAAAUUAUGAUAACAUUUCCCUUCGGUUACCAUGCCGGUUUCAAUCAUGGUUUUAAUGGCGCAGAGUCAACAAAUUUUGCGUCGAAACGUUGGAUUGAAUAUGGCAAGCGUUCCAGCAUAUGUAACUGCCGAAAAGAUAUGGUUAAAAUAUCAAUGGAAACAUUUGUCCAACGCUUCCAGCCCGAACGCUACGAAAACUGGCUCAAAGGUAUUGAUUACGGUUGUCACCCAGAAGAACCUGGAAAAAUUUGCGCUGCCCCACCGCCCACAAUCAACAAAUAUUACUAUUCAAAAAUGAGAAAGCCGGAGUCCACCGAGUCGGUAGCAUCACAAUGUUCGACGCCAAAAACUAAAGACACAAUGCAAAAACGUGGUUGUACAUCAUUAGCCGUGCCUGAAGGUCCUGCCAUGAAUGCGUGUUUUUCCAAAGUGCCCAAAAUCAUAUUGACAAAAAUAGAUAGUGUCAGCAGUAAGAAUUUAGAUUUUAAUGCAAUAGCGGUAGUACGUCUCAAAAGACUAUGGAAUAAUAUUCCAUGCAAUAAGGAAGGUAAGAAUCUGCUAACAAAUGGUAUAAUAAAAAACACGAAAAGAAUGCGUUUUCAAACGAAAACCAUUAAGCUGGAUGAUGAAGACUAACUAGUCUUGUGUUGAAGAUAAAUUUUAUUUUUAUAUAUGUAUAUGUACCAGAAUUAAUUACUAAAUAUAAGUUAUGCAGGAUGAUGAGACUGUUACCUCAGAUGCAUAGUGUAUUAAGUAUGCCGGCGGUUAAAACAAGCUAAAUAGAUUUUCAACCCUUCUCCAAAUGCCUACAUACAUACAUGUGCACAUUUUAUAUGAAUAGUUAAAUGUUUAGUUCAUCCAAGUAUUUUCUAAUUUUUUACUAAUAACGUAUUUUGAAAUUGUUGUAAAUACAUAUGUAUAAAACAUUAAUAUAUUUCAGAAGCGAUAAUAUGUUUAUAAAUCUGUGGCCAUAAGCUAUAAUCGCCUUAGUCGAAAAACCUGAAUUCGAGUAAAAAUGCAUUCAAUAUUUGCAUUGUAAUGUUAAUCUUAUGGGGAAAACAAAAUAUUUUCAUCUAUAACUUUUUAAAUAGCCUAGGUAACGAGAUGGGAGUAUCCCAUACACAUGGAAUAGUAGUUGCAAAAUACGAUAGCAUAUAUAACUCAAUUCUUUCUUAAGUCGACUUAGGCGGUUAUUGGUUAUGACCACAGAAAUAUGUUUUAUUUUUUGUAUUCAGUUGUUUUUUGUCCAAGAAGUUGUUAAUGUAUUUUUUUGUUUCAUUUACGAAGAAAGCGGAAAGAGUAAUGUUUUCAUGCGAGAAGAAUAUUCACAAAAUCCUAAAAUGUGGUGACGUAAAUCGUGACUUUAAAUCGCAAUAUUAUACAAAACUGUUGAUUGCCAUAAAUCUUACCAAGCUAAAUUAUUACACUUAGCCAUAUACUUUCAUGCUAAUUUUUAUGCAAAUAUGCAUAUUUAUCGCUCUGAACUUUCUUAAAACUUAGAUAUACAAUUUUGUUUCAAUUUAGAUAUAAAAUUUACGAGUAAUUUGUAAGGUAUGUUUGUACUAACAUACUGGACAACCGGAAAAUAAAACAAAAAUAAAGCUCAGUAUUGUUGUAGAACAGCAGUUAGUAAAAACAAAUUUGGAGGUUAUACUUA